CUUUGGGAAAGCAAAGGCCAUUGAGGUCCACACCACAAAAACCGCUCGCGAUGCCUUCGAUAUCAGCUAGUGUAAAGCUGUCGAUUCUCUUAGCAUGUAUAGCUUCGUUGACAUCACCGGCUCUGAGCUUUACACCGCUGCUGUCGAGCCUUGCUGCUUCGGUUUCCAAGCUACAGGCUCCCCGAAGCUCCGUCUGCUUGAGCAAGCGUUCGUCUCCUUCUCGAUCCAACGGAGCGCUGACCAUGCACAUGGGUCACAGCCAUAGUCAUCAUAUUCACACUCAUACCGAAGAGCUCAAGAACAAGCAACUACAAACGAAAAAACGCCGACGCCGUGCGGCACUCUUUCUCUUCACGGCCCUCGCUAUUCUGGGACCGCCGCUAUUUCGUCAACGCACGCUAACACGGACUGAUGUGGGGACGUUUCUGUUGACAUCCACUAUCCUUACCAUGAGUGACACCGUACGUCGUAAAAUUCAACACGCCAUUCGGAAAAUAGGACAAUUGCGUGAAGGCAUUGUCAAGCAUUCGUCACCCGUAUCUCCGGGAAAAUUUCUCAGUUACCUUUUCCGGAACGACAACGCGGCUGAUCGGGUAACGCUUUUGGGCAGUGUGAUCAACUUAUUUUUGAGUGCGGGAAAAUUUGCCGUUGGCGUGUCGUGUCAUUCGAGCGCUUUGAUAGCGGAUGCCGGGCAUUCGCUGUCGGACCUCUUUAGUGACUUUAUCACCCUGUGGGCGGUGCAAAUCGGUCGUUUGCCUCCGGAUGAUGAUCAUCCGUACGGACACGGAAAAUUCGAAGCCAUCGGCUCCCUGUUCCUCUCAUUGACCUUGCUGGCGACUGGAAUAUCCGUCGGCGCGGCUUCCAAUCGGAAACUCAUUGAAAUCAUCACUAUCCAACGAGCGUCCGGCUGGGGUACCGCGGCAUCCCUAGCUGGACAAGUGCCUACUUCGCCCGCUCUGUUCAUGGCUGCCCUCAGCAUUUUUUCCAAAGAAUGGUUGUAUCGUAUUACAAAGCAGGUUGGAGAUAGACUGAAUUCGCAAGUGAUUCUAGCGAAUGCCUGGCAUCAUCGAUCCGAUGCGUACUCGUCUGUUCUUGCACUCUUGGCGAUUGGGCUAGCGAUGUAUUUUCCCGCGAUGAUUGCUGCGGACUCGGCUGCUGGUAUACUGGUGGCCGGGAUGAUUUGCAUGACUGGUGCAGAAAUUAUGGGCGAAUCCAUUAAGCAGUUGACGGACACGAGCAACGAAGCCCUCGUGAAAAAGAUAAAGCGUCUCGCGAAGGAUUACUCCGAUAAUGUCUUUGAAGUAACACGAGUGCGGGCGCGACAAGUUGGCUCAUCUGCAAUUGUCGAUGUUGCCAUUGCGACUCCGGGAGAGUUGUCGUCGUCUGCUUCUCGCGUCAUGGCGGAAGGUUUGCGACGCAAGAUUAUGCAGUCCGUUGAUGUAGUUGACGCUGAAGUCCAUUCGACUACGCACGACACUCCACUUUUGCAUGCCACCAAGACACGAGAAGCCAUGGCGAGUAAUGGUGUGGUUGUCCAACCCAACAUGAACGACAUCGAAGAGAAGGUGCGACAAAACAUCAAUUCUCAGCAUCCUAAAGUUCGGUCGGUGCAGGGAGUCACGGUUAAGCUUGCCGAGUCGUCGGCCCGCAGGAAUAGCGUCGACGUGGUUAUCCGUGUGGAUCCCGAAGCAACAGUUGCGGCGGCGCACGCAGUCGCGGAAGAUCUGAGAAAAUCUCUCGAAAAUAUCGAUCACAUCCAUCAAGCUAGUAUUUUUUUGGACUUGAACGCUGAACUCAUAUCGGUUUCUAAUGCCUUGAAACCUUGAAUGCGGAACAAAUUGUCAAAGCCCAAACCCAAUAUACUACCUAGCUAACAGGGAUACGGUUGGACCACAAAGCAGAUGGGAGGGAACUGCAAUCAACUUGCGCACUCGAUAACACUACACAGCAUUCACAGCUAUACCAUCGCAUCCAUAUCAACUGCAUCCGUUGCAUUGAUGAAAGACUGUAGCGUCACAAUCUUCCCUUUAGUGAAUAUUUCAAUUUUGUACUAUAAAUUACUGGUUGCCGCCUUC